AUGGCUAGUUCUUCUCAUAACCCGGCUAUUCUGUUCAGGAGGACAUUAAGUUUGGCAGAUUCUUCUGGGUUUGUGUUAUGUUACGAUAGCAUAUCACAGACUUCUCAUGCUGUCGUUAAUGAAGUUGUACAUAAUAUAUCUGGAACAAUGGAUUCAAAUAUCAUAUAUAUUGCAUUUGAGACCUUAAAUAGACCUAGUUUUGCUACCAAUUUUAUUGAUGUAAAUGAGAUUGGUUUCUCUAAAGCGAUAGAGACAGUUCAGAGUUUAUUACCAUCCACGACACCUAAUGUCAGGUCUAAAAAUCUGGUUGUUGUGGAUUCAUUAAACCAUAUUGCACUACCUGAUUUGCCUAGUUUUAUAUCUUCGUUGGUUGCACCACAUGUGACUUUGUUGGCUACUUAUCAUAAAGAUCUUCCUGAGGGUUCUCCAAAAAUUGGACUUGACAAUUAUCCAACUGCCGAAACUUUGUUACAAUUCAUGGCUACAUCCAUCUUUGAUAUUGAGCCAUUGUUGCCAAGUGCAUUAGAUGCUACCGAAUUAAGAGAGUCUAUUGAGAAAUUUCAUAUCCCUAGAGGUUUAAAUAAAUUACAAUUUAAAGUUAAUUUCACAAACAGAAGAAGAUCUGGGAGAUCAUUAAUAUACGAGCUAUUAGUCGAUACUCAGACACAUACGUAUGAAGUGUUCCAGCAUAAUGAAGAUGAGAAUCAAGAGGAGACUCCAGAGAUGUUACAAGAUUUGACAACUUUCAAUCUGUCUACAAGUGCAAAACAAAAGGAAGCAAAGGAUCAAGUUGCAUUACCAUUCUUAGAGGCACAAUCCGAAUUUGCAGGUGGAACUGCUAUUGUAUAUGAGUAUGAGAAGGAUGACGAUUAUGAUGAAGAGGAUCCUUAUGAGGAUCCAUAUUGA